GUGCAGGCGCGCUGCGGGAACGGCACGGAUGAGGCGCAUGCGCGCUCUGGACGGGCGCUGGGUCUGUAGCGGCUCGGCGCGGAGGGGCCGGGUGGGGCUCGCCACCGCCGGUAGCGGCGGCCGCGGCGGGGCGGAGGAGUUCGCCGAGCUGCCUAGCGGCCAAGAGGGCUGGCGAGGCCAGUCGCGGGGCUCGCUGCAGCAGCUAGCGGAGCGGUACGCGGACCUGGCGGCCAGCCACAGCGAGGCGCUGCGGCAGCGGGAGGAGCGGGAGUGGCACAACGCGCGGCUGCGCCAAGAGAACGCGCGGCUGCGGAUAGAGAACCGCCGCCUGCGCCGCGAGAACCGCAGCCUAUUCCGCCAGGCCCUGCUGGGUCCCGGCCCCGACGGGCCCACCGCCUCGGACCCGGCUGAGGAAGCGGAGGCCUUGCGCGCCCAGCUGGGGCAGCUGCAAGAGAAACACCGCCGGGCUUUACAGCACCUGCGGCGCUGCCGGGCCAGCGGUGGGCCGGAGGCCUCGGAGCUGGACGACGGGGAGUUGGACAAGCUGCUGGAGGAGGACAAGCAGCUGCCAUCUCCCCCUGAGCAGGCACUGGAGAAGAGAAGCCUGGUGCCGCCAGUCUAGCUUGUCCCGGGGGGAAAGCGCGCGGGCUGCCGGGAGGGGGAUGGUGCCGCAGGUCUGCCUCUGCCCGACCUCGUUGCCACCAGCAGCGCUGGAUUUCGGGGCGUGGUAGAGGCAGCUUACUCCCUCUUUCCUCGUUUUCCUGCGCCUGCUCAAGGGGAGGGCAGCUGUAGACCCUUUCAGUCGAAACGGGUUCGCACAAAAUGGGGGAGGAUUUGGUUAGGUUUUCCGCUUGCUUCCCAGAUUUGUGACCAGGAAGGAUUGACGACGAUCACCAAGAAGCAGCUUGAGCGGCGAGACUGCGGCUUGGAAGAAGACAGUGUGUUAGUCGAGGAAUGCCUCAAAGCAUCAGUUGACAUAGGAAAAAGAACCACGGUGAAAAGGGCAGUUGGGCUUAUGUCACCUCAUAGCACUGAGCUUUCCUUCCUUAAGGGACCAGCUAUGAGUCACCUUUUAUCUCUUGAGUUGGUGACUGCCAUGUGUCCCCUCAGUAGCCAUGGAGACUAUCAAAAGAUGGCUGUGUUAAGUUCUUGACAGUUUGUGUAUGUCUGUUAUGAAGGGGAAUAUGGAGGAAGCUUUGCAAGCUUCUUUGUCAGCACUCCAGUAAAAAUUGGUGAUCAUUUGAACUCUGACUUGCCAGGACAUUGCAAAAGAGUAUUUGUGUUUUUAAUGAUGGACUUCAUUAACUAUCACAUGAGUAUUGUUUUGAACUUUACACUUUUAACAUAAAAAUUCAUCUGAUAAAAAAUAAAAAA